AUGGCCCCACCAUCGUACUCCGAUCUCGGCAAACAGGCCCGCGAUGUCUUCAACAAAGGCUACCACUUCGGCCUGUGGAAGCUGGAUGUGAAGACCAAGACCAACUCGGGCGUGGAGUUUAGCACGGCUGGCCACUCGAACCAGGACACCGGCAAGGUGUUCGGUUCGCUGGAAACCAAGUACAAAGUGAAGGAAUACGGUCUGAACUUCUCGGAGAAAUGGAACACAGACAACACGCUCACGUCGGAGGUGUCGGUCGAGAACCAGCUGGUCAAGGGGCUGAAGGUUUCGUUCGAUGGCAUGUUUGUGCCGCAUACCGGAAGCAAAACCGGUCGCUUCAAGACUGCUUAUUCGCAUGACCGUGUUCGUGUCGAUGCCGACUUCAACGUUGACCUGAGCGGACCGCUGGUCAAUGCGUCCGGUGUCGCUAACUACCAGGGCUGGUUGGCCGGUUACCAGGUUGCAUUUGACUCCCAGAAGUCGAAAAUCACCGCUAACAAUUUCGCUCUCGGCUACUCGGCCGGAGACUUUGUGCUGCACACCAACGUUAACGAUGGCCGUGAGUUCGGUGGUCUGAUCUAUCAGCGAUGCAACGAUCGUUUGGAAACGGCCGUGCAGCUGUCCUGGGCCUCGGGCUCGAAUGCCACGAAGUUUGGCAUGGCCGCCAAGUACGACUUGGACAAGGAUGCUUGCGUUCGUGCUAAGGUCAACAACCAGAGCCAGAUCGGUCUCGGCUACCAGCAGAAGCUCCGUGAUGGUAUUACUCUGACAUUGUCCACGCUCGUUGAUGGCAAGAACUUCAAUGCUGGCGGCCACAAGAUUGGCGUUGCUCUAGAGCUGGAGGCUUAA